UCUAAGUUCUGCUGAUGGCCGCCAAGUCCCCGUUCAAACUGAAGCGACUCCGACCUGGUCGCCGAGUGACGGCGUCACGUGACUGCAGCGUAUGACGCGGGCGGACCGUCGCUGAUCUUUACGCAACUGCGGCUCCUGCGUCUCGAACAACACCCAGUUCCCAGAGGAGACGCUUCCUGCCAUCACCGCGACACUAUGGGCAACAGAGACGACGAGUACGACUUCUUGUUCAAAGUUGUUCUCAUUGGAGACUCAGGAGUUGGAAAGAGUAACCUGUUGUCGCGCUUCACAAGGAAUGAGUUUAACUUGGAGAGUAAAAGCACCAUCGGGGUGGAGUUUGCCACCCGCAGCAUCCAGGUGGACGGGAAGACCAUCAAGGCUCAGAUCUGGGACACUGCUGGGCAGGAGCGCUACAGAGCCAUCACCUCGGCUUACUACCGGGGUGCAGUUGGAGCCUUGCUAGUCUAUGACAUCGCUAAACACCUGACUUAUGAGAACGUGGAGCGCUGGCUGAAGGAGCUGAGGGAUCACGCCGACAACAACAUUGUCAUCAUGCUGGUGGGGAACAAGAGCGACCUUCGUCACCUGAGAGCUGUGCCCACCGACGAGGCCCGAGCAUUUGCCGAGAAGAAUACACUUUCAUUCAUUGAGACAUCAGCGCUGGACUCGACUAAUGUCGAAGAAGCUUUCAAGAACAUUUUAACAGAAAUCUACCGCAUCGUCUCACAGAAGCAGAUAGCAGACAGAUCUGCACAUGACGAGUCUCCAGGCAACAACGUGGUGGACAUCAGCGUACCGCCGACCACUGACGGCCAGAAAGGCAACAAACUCCAGUGCUGCCAGAGUCUGUGACCCUUCACCUCCACAACUACCACCACCACCACGUCAUAUCGCCUGUGCACUUUUUGUCCCGUGCUCCUGCUCACGGCCAAACUCCUUUCUUUAUUUCCUCUUGUCCUUUAAAUCCACUUGUGCUCUUUUUACUUGCUUUUCUGCCAUAAACGAAAAACUUACUGAAGCCUUUUGAUUUCACUUGGUCAGUCGAGUCGGUGUGAAGGUUCCUGCCGCAUGGGAACCAUGAGGCGGUCGCCACUCUCUCUAUGAAGCCUGUGAAGUUGUUAGAACUCUACUACAACAUUUGUCAUGUACAGGGAAGGUGUGGAACAUUUCAAUAGUUACCACUAGAUGGUGCUGUGUAAAUAAACUGAAGGCACUUAGUCGAACAUGGUGGAGCAGUAUUAGUCAUCAGACUGUGACUCUUCGAACAUCACUUUUCAUGCCAAAAAUAAUGUCAUGAUGUAUUUAUUGAAGAAUACUUGGCUUAAGUUGUCAUUGUUUUACUUUCAAAUGAACGACUGGAUACAUUUACAAUAAAAUUCUCGACAAAAUGGAA